CCACACUUUUUUUCUUCAAUUCGAGUCAAGCGUCACGUAAGGGCAGCUGUUAUCGACGAUACAAAGGCAAAUUGGGGCCGCUUAUUAACCCUUGUCCGGCCCCAUCCCUUCACUUCGGAAGAGCAUUGAGUCAAAGGGUGUUUGUUCGGUUCAAUUGAGGGCGUAAGAUAUAUCAAGACAUUUCGAGACAUUCUCCAAUUUGCUUACUUCUCCGUACAAUUCUGUAUCACACCGAUACCUUAACGUAGCUAGACGUAAAAUCUUCAUACUAGGAUACACCAUGCUUCGUCAGCUCUUGCCGCGAUGCGGUAGAGCUCUCCGAGCACCCGCCGCCACGCGCGCCUCGUCCCGUGCGCUGCCCGCUCUCCAGCAGACGGCGAGCCGGUGGUACAGCAUCAAGCCCGAGGCGGCUUCGACCUCGAAACCCGUAGACAUCGACCCCACGAAGCUCACCAUCACCAAGACACAGUCACCCAAGACGCCCAAGGACCCAUCCGAACUGAUCUUCGGGCGAGAAUUCACAGAUCACAUGCUCACGAUCGAAUGGACCAAGAACGACGGCUGGCUCGCGCCGACCAUCCAGCCAUACCAGAACCUCUCCCUCGACCCCGCCACCUGCGUCUUCCACUACGCCUUCGAGUGUUUCGAGGGCAUGAAAGCAUACCGCGACGCGAAGGGUGAGAUCCGGUUGUUCCGUCCGGACAAGAACAUGGAGCGGUUCAACGGGUCCGCCGCGCGGAUCGCGCUACCCACCUUCGAGUCGACCGCCCUUAUCGAACUAAUCGCCAAAUUUGCGAAGCUCGAGGAGCGCUUCAUCCCUAAGGAGCGCGGCUACUCCCUGUACCUGCGCCCGACCUUGAUCGGCACGCAGCGGACCCUCGGGAUCAGCGCGCCGGGCUCCGCGCUUCUCUUCGUCAUCGCCUCCCCCGUGGGGCCGUAUUACCCAACGGGCUUCAAAGCCGUAUCUCUCGAAGCGACGGACUACGCCGUGCGAGCCUGGCCCGGCGGCGUGGGCGACAAGAAACUAGGCGCGAACUACGCGCCAUGCAUUGUGCCGCAGCUAGAGGCGGCGGCGAGGGGAUUCCAGCAGAACCUGUGGCUGUUCGGACCGGAGGAGUAUGUGACGGAGGUGGGAACGAUGAACCUGUUCGUGGCGAUCAAGAACGCCGAGACGGGACAAAAGGAGCUCAUCACGGCGCCGCUCGACGGCACCAUCCUCGAGGGCGUCACUCGCGACUCCAUCCUUAGCCUAGCGCGCGAGAAGCUCGCCCCUGAGGGCUGGCUCAUCUCCGAGCGCAAGAUUACCAUGAACCAAUUGCACCAGGCCUCGCUUGAUGGCCGGUUGCUCGAGGUCUUCGGUGCCGGCACUGCCGCCAUCGUGAGCCCCGUCCGCAAGAUCAGCUGGAAGGGUAAACUGGUCGACUGCGGCCUCAGCGAGACGGAAGAGUCUGGCGAGGUUGCGCUGAAGAUGAAGAACUGGAUAGAGGCGAGACAAUACGGAGACGAGGAACAUGAGUGGAGUCACGUGUGCUAAAAUAAGAAAGGGGGAUAAAUAAAAGGGGGGAGAGGAGAGUAGAGGAGCAUUAUGGGCAACUUGGGACUGUCUUCAUGCAUGCAUAUAGACGGUGUCGACCCGGCGCGAUGGCGUACUUACCUGGCCUAUUAAAAGAUCAUUAAAUGUAGACCUAAUUCGAGCACGAUGAAAGAAUCCUCAAGAGGUUCCCGAGUCAAUGAGCGCCUAGGCAGGCGGGAAGCGAAUC